CUUUUAUUUAUUGGAGUUUAAACAAGUCCCCCAAGGUUGAGACUUGAGGCAGAGAGAGUGUCAAUGGCACAUUCACUAACUCCUGUUCCAGCCACUUCAAUAACCCCCAUUGCCAAAUCAACCAAGCUUGCAUCUCACAUUCCUACUUUAAGAUUGCAGACGGUGUCAGCUUCUUACCAGACACCCCAUCAUGUCUUGGAUGAUAAACUUGUUCAUCGCAGGACUGUGACAUUGAGCUUGGCAGGGGCAAUGCUGAGCUUGAAUGUUGGUGACCAGAGACAAGCAAAUGCAGCUAGAAGGCCGCCACCUCCACCACCAGAGGAGAAAAAGGACCCGAGUGUGAGUGGGGUGCAGGCUAAAGUGUUAGCUAGCAAGAAGAGAAAGGAAGCAAUGAAACAAGCUAUGGCCAAGAUGAGGGAGAAAGGGAAACCUGUUGAUGGCACAUCACCACCAUCUGAAUAGAGUUCGAAAAUGUACAUGCCUUUUUGGAAAGGAAACUUUGUACUAUUCUUAAUAAGCAACUUUAAUACAAUUUUUAUUCAUUUUGGGUAUUUCUCAAAA